UUUCCCUCCGUUGAGGUCCCUUAAGCAGGUGGCAUAUUCCGAUCGGAUCGACAUUUAUGAACAUCUCGACCGGAGAGGAGCCGUAAUUGAAUAACUCAGGGAUACGUUUUUGACCAGAUUAUUAUCAUUAUUAUUAUUAUUACAUCGCUCGCAGGUGUAAUUCGUUGACAAACACAGGAAUCAUCUCUCGGCGCCCAGGCCUGCAGGUUCACCUCGGAAAACAGCCUGUAGGAAGCAUCAGAACAUACAGAGGUCAACGAAAGCAACACAAAGAGCAGCAGGGGGAAGGAGAAGCAGUAUCAGGUGUUUGAGAUCGUUCAGUUUUUACUUUGGGCAGUUUAGUCCAGGUAUUGAUCCCUGAUGGACUACAUGGACAGUGGACUGAGGUACACCCCGAACUCGGACAAAGACUGGGACACCUCUGUCCAGUUUUUGCCAGCAUCAGAUAACAAAAAGCUUGAGAAGAAAAAGGGUCCAGGAAAAGUUGGGGCUGUGAUCGGUGUGGUGAUCUUUGCUGCUGUUAUUGCUCUUAUGACCGGACUGCUGGUCUGGCAUUUCCACUUCCGUAAAGAUGUGCGGGUCAAGAAGAUGUACAGCGGCUCCAUGCGGAUCACCAACCAGGUGUUUGAAGACGCCUAUGAGAACUCCAACAGCACCGAGUUUAAGGAGCUGGCGAAGCAGGUGAUUUCACAGCUUAAAAUCAUCUAUUCCAAAAGUCCACAGCUGGCCAAAUACUAUGUUGGUUCUACAGUUCAAGCUUUCAGUGAAGGAAGCGUCAUUGCCUACUACCUGUCUGAGUUCAGAGUCCCUGCAGGCCAAGAGGCAGCUGUCGACAAAGCCAUGUCUUCAAUGAACACGCUGGUGGACAAGGUGCAGCGUGCCCUGCACAGACCUGGCAACUCUCUGGUCCUUGCAGACGUGGUGUCUUCAGCUCUUGAUGCCCGCCUGUUUUCUACAUCAUUCAGCAGAUUUUUCAAGUUUGCAGAACAUGCGAGGGCCAAUCAUAUAGGGCAGAUCCAAUCCCCCGGCUUCCCUGACAGCCCUUAUCCCCCCAACACCUUCAUCCAGUGGCAGCUGAGAGCAGACCCAAGCCAUGUCAUCAAGCUUGAGUUUGAUACAAUGAAUCUGGAAGAGAAUUGCAAGAAUGAUUUUGUCAAAAUCUACGACUCCCUGGUGGCCAUUGAGAGCCGCGUCAUGGAAGAGAUGUGUGGGUACUACUCACCCAGUGAACCACUGACCUUUCUGUCUUCUGGCAAUGUCUUGCUGGUUACGAUGGCCACAAAUGAACAGAAGAACUACCCAGGUUUUAGAGCUAAAGUCACACAAGUCCGACGUGGAAGUAAAGGUACAACUUGUGGUGGCCAGCUGACAGGCGAAAAAGGCACCUUCUCUUCUCCUAACUUCCCAAACUACUAUCCUCCUCAGACUUCAUGCCAGUGGACAAUCGAGGUCCCUGCUGGUAAGGUGGUGAAGUUGACGUUCAAAAAGUUCCUCCUGUCUGAGCCUGGGCAGGAAAACAUUAAAGACUGUCAGAAGGACUAUGUGGAGGUCAAUGGAAAGAAACUGUGUGGAGAUUAUCCUGAUGGAACAGCGGAAACCAGCAACUCCAGACAAAUGAGCGUGAUGUUUUUCUCUGAUGCCUCCUACGUAGACCGAGGUUUUGAUGCACAGUUUGAGGCCAUUGACAUGAAAGAUCCUUGUCCCAAACAGUUUGAGUGCAAAAAUCAGCGCUGCAUUAAUUCAGAGCUCAGGUGUGAUGGUUGGAAUGACUGUGGAGACAUGACUGAUGAGUUCAACUGCAAGUGCGAUGAUAAAAGUAUCACUUGUAAAAAUGGAUUGUGUAAGCCCAUGUUCUGGAAAUGUGACGGCAUAGAUGACUGUGGAGAUGGCACAGACGAGCAGGACUGCGGUGGGUGUAAAUCUGGACAAAUAACAUGUAAGAAUAACAAAUGUGUUUCUGAGAAGAAUCGCUGCGAUGGCAGGGACGACUGCGGGGAUGGGUCAGAUGAGCUUGACUGUCAGAGAACCUCUGAUGUAAGCUGCACUGAUCUUACAUAUAAAUGUAACAACAAUAAAUGUAUCAGUAAAGUGAACCCAGAAUGUGACGGCACACCAGACUGUGACGAUGGGUCUGACGAGGAGAACUGCGACUGUGGGAGGAACAUGUUUAAGACAUCUCGUAUUGUGGGUGGUCAGGACGCAGAGGAAGGGGAGUUUCCCUGGCAGGUCAGCCUCCAUGUCAAAAAUUACGGUCACGUGUGUGGAGCAUCUCUCAUCAAUCCACACUGGCUGGUCACUGCUGCCCACUGUGUGCAAGAUGACGGCAAGACAAGACUGUCCCAGCCUGGCACUUGGGAAGCUUACCUCGGCCUUCACAUCCAGCGGAAGAUUGGAAGUGCUGUGGUGAAGAGGAACCUGAAGCGGGUCAUAGCCCACCCUUACUAUAACUCAUACACCUUUGACAAUGACAUUGCCUUGAUGGAGCUGGACAGUCCUGUCACCUACUCUGACUACAUCAGGCCCAUCUGCUUGCCGGCUCCCCAGCAUGAUUUUCCAACUGGUAACACUGUGUGGAUCACCGGGUGGGGUGCCACUCGGGAAGGAGGAUCAGCUGCAACAGUGCUCCAAAAAGCCCAGGUCCGGAUCAUAAACCACUCUGUGUGUAAUGAUUUGAUGAAAGGGCAGAUCACGUCUCGGAUGUUGUGUGCUGGGGUGCUGACUGGAGGAGUUGAUGCUUGUCAGGGAGACUCCGGCGGUCCUCUAUCCAGUCCGUCUGGCACGCGUAUGUUCCUGGCAGGAGUUGUUAGUUGGGGUGACGGCUGCGCCCGCAGAAACAAACCUGGCAUCUACGCAACAGUCACCAAAUUCCGUGGCUGGAUCAAAGAACAAACGGGGGUAUAGACCACUGUGAAAUGGUCAAACAAGGCCAAAGAUAUGGACACGUACGCGGGGGGAUGAGAAGUAACAUGGUACGGAUUGUUGCUUCAGUAAAACACCAGUCUGACUCUCUAGCUGAUGCAGUGGCCUCAACUCCCGGUCUGGCUGCAGUGGAAAAUGCACAGUUUGCUUGAAGAGCAGCUGCAACACAUUUUAUGUCCACUGUGACUUUAUAAGGGGUUAAUGUAAAUAAGUGUUUUAUUUCUGUCUUGUUUUUUGUUGUUAUUUUAGUGUGUUUUAAUGGAGAACAAUGUUAUGCGCUGCACAAUAAAUAGAUUUCAGGUGUGAUAGUUACACAUGCACAUAUAUGAAAUGUGCAUCUUUGUACUCUGGUGUCCUGUGUUUUAUCAGAAGCCAUCUUAAGAAUUUUCCAACACUUUUUCUUGUUGUCCUUGUUCUGAAUUUUACAAAUGAAAAACAAAAGGACAUCAAGCUCAUUCCAUUGUACCUCCUAUGGUUUGGUAUCUAAUGAAUUUUAUUAUUGAUUUUUAGUCCAACAGAAAUCUCUGAAAAGUUAGUGCUGUGAUCAUUCACUUUUGAAAGCAUUGCCUCCUCAUCAUAGAUGGCUUUUUACAUUUUAACUGCUUUUCUAUCAGCAUAAAACACAGUGUGAAAUAGUAGGUUUUGUUUUAGUUAAAUGUUUCAUGUUUAAUAUGUGAAUAUGAUCUUCAAUGUCUCUCAAAUCUGUGUAAAUGUGUAUAUCAGAUGUUUUGAAAUAAAAUAUUUCUAAUAUAACCUCA